AUGACAGAAGAAGAUCCUACUGAGGGUUGGCGAAGACAGCUGACGGCAUUGGAGCAAAGCAUUGCUCCAUUGGCCAAAGCAGCUAAGAACAAAAGCGAUGACGACGAUAUAGAUGCAUUGCUCGUGCAGCAAGAAAUCCUAACAGGACUGUAUGAGCAAGCAUGCACUAUAAUUCUACGAAUUGAGGGCCAUACGGGACCCUCCGAACGAAGGGAAGCGUUGCUUCCAGUGUACCUACAAGCGAGGACAAGCUUCGCAAAAAGAAUAAAAUCAUUGCAACAACCUGCGAAUGACGAAGUUGGGCCCGGAUGUUCUCGUUAUCCUCUUGAGCAGACGUUUUUAGGAAAUAAUGCACGCACAGAUCAUCUCCCGAGGUUGGAAUUGCCGAAAUUCCACGGGACAGCCACCGAAUGGCUAUCAUUCAAGGCUCGUUUCGAAAAACGAGUUGCAGCAUUGAGCGACGAUGCUGACAAGUAUGCUUUCCUAAUCAAAUGUUUGGAGUACGAACCAGCUCGCAAUACAUGCGAGGCGCUGGAAAAUUCGGGCCUACCGUUUAAUGAAGCAUGGGCAAAGCUCGAGGAACGCUUUUAUAAGAAGAGAGUAGCCUUUGAAGGUUAUUUCUUUAAUCUCCUCAAAAUACGAAAGAUAAUGAAACCGAGCCAAAGGGCUAUUCUUGGACUCAUUGACGCUGUUGACACUCUGCUAUCUGCAACGAAGCAAAUAGCAAACGAACCGAUUCGAGAAUUGGAUUCCACGGCCAGCGGGCUGUUGGUUUGCCUCGUCAAGGAGCGCCUGGACGAGUACACUCUGACUAAGGUCGAAGAAAAACUGGACCUGCAAAGAAUUUACAAGUGGAACGAAUUUAAGUCUGAAUUGGAGAAGUUGGCGAAUCAACUCUCCUGCAAAGCCGCAGCCGAAGCGGCACAUCAGAGCCAUAGACCAAACCAAAAGGUCGUGGCCACAACGGCUAUUAAAGCUAUUACUACCCAAGAAAAGAAGGGACCACAGCGGUGCUUCUUUUGUGCGUCAGAAGGACACACUGUAUUCGAUUGUCCUAAGCUGUCAUCCCUCAGACCACAAGAGAGAUGGGAAGCUGUCAAAACCGGUGGACAUUGCUUCAACUGUUUAGCACGUUACGAUGUUGGGACCGAACCAACUAACGGUGGGCAGAGGACCCACAUUUCAAGAAUCCGGCCUAGGCUAGCUAGCGGUAGGGAUUUUAUCAGCACCCUGUGCAGCCACGGCAACGUCAUACCCCAUAACGGAGAAACAUGA